AUGACCUCCGCGGAAGUGGAAGGGACCGUUGCGACAGAGAAUCCUGUCUCUGCGCAAGGCAAUAUAUCUCCGUCGGAAGAGGACUCAGAUAGCGGUGAAUCUGGAGACGAAUGGGAAACACAAUCUCUCUAUGAAGACGCUAUCCAAGUCCUUCGUGACGACCAACUUCGGGAAGGGGUAGUACCUGAUGCUUGUACAUUGGACGAGGCCAUUGCAUUCCGAAAGCGCUUACAUGAAGUUGGUAAGGCCGCGUUCGUUGAGGAAACUAUUGCUCAGGACAAAGUGACGGCGAAGAAACUAUGCACUGCAUUUGGGAUCAUGCCCCCGGCUUUCCUCGAGGGCGCGCCGGACGAGGCUUACCAUCCUUUGCUGGCGAUUGCGAUAUCGCAAGAGUUCUCUCGCCGUCAGAAGCUUCCACAGUAUAACACGAUCGAUGAUGCGGUCAAGUUACUUCAGGAGUCUAAGAAUAUCAUUGUUUUGACGGGCGCUGGUAUCUCAACGAGUCUCGGUAUUCCCGAUUUUCGGUCCAAGGACACUGGACUCUACUCGCAAUUGGCGCAUUUGGGUUUAAGCGAUCCGCAGGAAGUCUUCGACAUUCAGAUCUUCCGCGAGGACCCGGGCAUCUUCUACUCGAUUGCGAAGGAUAUUCUUCCUACUGAGAAGAAAUACUCACCGACUCAUGGGUUCAUUCGACUCCUGCAGGAUAAAGGAAAGCUCUUGACCAACUACACCCAGAACAUCGAUAAUAUCGAGGCGAAUGCAGGCAUUCUUCCCGAGAAGAUCGUGCAGUGUCAUGGUUCGUUUGCAACGGCCACGUGUGUUAAGUGCCAGUAUAAGGUGUCAGGCGAUGCGCUCUUCGAGGACAUCAAGAAGGGGAACGUUCCUGAAUGCACUUCCUGCCAGAAGGAUAUUGAGGAAGACGCUUUGAGGCCACAGGGGCAAAAGCGCAAACGAAGCACUAAUGGCACACACAAGAGCCGGAAAUCCGAUGGGGACGAGAGCUCUGAAGAGGAAGACUACGAACUCCCUACCCCCGGGGUGAUGAAGCCUGACAUCACCUUCUUUGGCGAAGAUCUUCCCGAUGAGUUCGGACAGCGCCUGAUUCGCCAUGACCGUGACAAAGUAGAUCUGGUCAUUGUCAUUGGUACUUCGUUGAAAGUCGCCCCUGUAGCAGAAGUGCCGGGCGUGCUGCCCCGUCGUGUGCCUCAGAUCUAUAUCUCCCGGACUCCUGUGUCACAUACAGGCUUUGAUAUUGAUCUCUUAGGCGAUUGUGAUGUGGUAGUAUCUGAGCUCUGUCGACGGGCUGGAUGGGACUUCAAGCAUGAGAUGAUUCCCCCCGAUGAGAAGGUCGAAAUCACUCUUGCUGAAGGAUACGAGUCACGACAUGUGUUUAAGGUUGUCGGCGCAUAG